CCCUCACAACCCUGGUACCGCUGGACAGGGAUGAACAGGCGGAGUACGAGCUGUGGGUGCGGGUGAGCGACGGCCAGCUGUCCUCCGUCACCCUGGUCUUUAUCACCGUGAGCGACGUCAACGACAACCCGCCCGAGUUCCUGGAGCCGCUCUACCGCGUCACCGUCCCCGCCCGCAGCAAGACCAAGAAACGGGAGGCGCUCUUCAGGGUGUUCGCCAGAGAUGCGAACGUGGGCAUGAACGGUGACCUGGACUACAGCAUCAGGACCGGCAAGGGCAAGAAGGGCCGCUUCAAGAUCCACCCGAAGACUGGCCAAGUGUUCAGCAACAAGGCCUUUCCCCCGAGCAAGACCUUCGAUUUGAUGAUCCAGGUGAAGGACAACGGGGCGCCGCAGCUGACGGCCACCACGCGGGUCCUCGUGCGUGUGAUGGACGUGCCCGAGGAGUCUCCCAACCCGCCGGUCCUGCAGCCGCCGCCCCCCGCCCACGUGAUGGAGACGGACGCGCCGGGCCACCUGGUGUCCUUCAUCAACGCUCAGGACCCGGAUAACGACACCUUGUGGUACUACAUCACAGAGGGUGACGAGAGCGGCCGGUUCAGCAUGGGCGUGGACUCUGGCCUGGUGAGCCUGGCCCGCCGCCUGGACCACGAGGAGCAGCACCACUACGCCCUCACCGUCACGGCCACAGACGGCGUCCACACCGCCGCCACCCAGCUCGUGGUGGAGGUGAUGGACGCCAAUGAUCACCGCCCGGUGUUCAGCGCCAGGACCUACGAGGGUGGCGUGAGCGAGGACGUGGCGCCGGGGUCCACCGUGGUCACCCUGCAGUGCCGAGACAGGGACCAGUCACCCACGGCGUCCUCCGCGGUGUACUUCACGCUGCACCACGCCCAGGCCUUGGCGUCCCAGGGCCUCUUCACCGUGGACUCGUUCACUGGUGACCUCAUCGUGGCCGAGCCCAUGGACAGGUCAGACGAGCAGCUGGCGUGUCAAGCUGCAAGAAACAAAGAUGAAUAG